GUCCCCAGCUGAUUCAAGUUGCCGCCAACGAUCCCUUCUUCAACAAAGACGUCAUCCGGCUCAAGCUCAUCAAGCAGGCCUGCGAAUCAGAGGAUGAGGUCAAGGCAACGUCGUGGAAGAUCCUCUACCAGAUGAUGAUGCGAACCGACUCGACCGCCGAAUAUACUCAAGACAAAGAGACCCGGUCUUUGUUUUCUUCUGCGUUCCGGAAGCUCCAUACCCUCGCCCAGUCCAGCUACAGAUUGUUCCACCAUUUUACUCCUGUCCCCCCAACCAAACUUAGGCCUAAUACCGACAGCCUUCUUGUUGCCGGCACCUUCGUCAUUGACAAAAUCAGAAUGCUGGACGCAUGCGCGAAUUCUUCUCUGCCUCCCUCGGACGAGCCACUCAAUCCCACCGAUGCCAGCACUGCUCCCAUCAAACCCGCACGGAAUUCAAACACACCGAACGGACUCGUCUUCUUGCAGAAACGGGUUUGGGAGAUGAUGCUUUGCUGCCUGAUGAUGCAGCACUCGAAAUGUAAAGCCAAACUCGCCGCCUCGAAGUCGAAGGAUUCAAAAUCUUCUCGCCAUUGGACUGCUGAGCAAGAGCAGCAGUUGAUGAAAUUCGACCACAGCAAGAGCUUGUACAACACUGGCGACCUAUCCGCCACCCCCUCCCGCAAUGACGUCAAGCGCUGGAGCAAGAUGCGCCUCUCAUGUUUCGGCUCAAUGGCGGUCUUCUUCCUCUACGGUGCGGCCGGUUGGUGGCACGGCUUCACGGAUUCACACAACUACAACAAGCAAGACGUCUGGGCGCUCGUCCACCUCGCCCAUGCCAAACACGAAUGGCUUUACGAGAAGGGACACUCUAGAGAACGAAGGCAAGCCGAUACGCCAUGGUACUGCUUUGACAGCUUUAUUCGAUGGCUCCUAUCUAAAGCCGCCAUGGAUACUGAACACCCUGAAGAUUUUGACUGGGAGGCUGUCCCGAGUUUCUUGGCUUCUAAAGUAACCGAAGCUCGACUCUCGCGAUUCGCCCUCCAAGAUAUUUUGGCCGAAGUUUGUUGCGGUGAACCGGAGGCGUCUGGCAAUUACAAUGGAUAUCCGGCUCCCGACGUCAACUUAAGCUGUCAAGAUCGCACCGCCGCGGACCGGGUUUGUGACUGCGAUGACCCUUGCUGUCAACACCCUUCGCACUUCCCUAGCUCCCCUCCUGUUCCAGGAAACCCACCCUCUUCCGACAACGCGCAUGGGCACGCCGCAGACGAUUCCGCCACCGACCAUGAUCCAAGCAGCUCAAAGAUCCACUCCAAGGCCUCCUCUCCAAACCCAGCCACCCGCCCAACUACCAAGAACAAUACGCCUGUGAAGCGCGGGCGGAAACUCAUUGCCGUUGUUGUUCCUUCUGAACAAGUUUGCUCGACCAAGAAGAUGCGUGUGGACUUGGGGGAGGCCAAUGCCACUUUGGACCGGGACGAGUUGGAUGCUGAUGCAGAAGAGGUCUCCUCUUCUGAUGAAGAGUAG